AUGAGUCAACAACAUUCCAUGCCAACAGGACAAUCAUUCCCGGAACAUCAACAACAACAGAAAUUACCUUUUGUGAUUGGCUAUGUCGGAAACGUAAAGAAAAACAAACAAUUUUUUGAACCAUUUGUUACAUAUUGCAACACAUUGAAAAAAGAUAUCUGCUCCUGUGUGGAGAUUGUGAUUGAAAAAUCAUCUCAGAACGAUGAUAAUGAAAAAAAUAAUUCCGACAAUGAUUAUGAAUGGAUUAAGCAACAACCAAGGGUAGACGUUCUUUUUUUCAAAGUAACCGAUGACAUGGUGAUUGAAAAAUCAGAUAUUCAUGCUGCAAGACGUUUGAAAAAUCUCCAAUACUACAUUCAUCUCCAUGAGAAGGACGGCAUGAAGGUGGUAGAGCCAUUGGAUGUGACGAUAAGAUUUUUGGAUAGAAUUGAAAUUCAUAAUUUCCUUGAGAUACAAUUAGCAUCGAGCACAAAUGUGAAAGUACCCCAUAUGUAUUUCAUUAGUGAAAAACAAAAUUUAGACAAGCUAUUGUUAGAAAAGAGUGAUUCAAUUUCAUAUCCUUUGGUUUGUAAGACUGUGGCAGCUUGUGGAAAAUCUGAAACACAUCAUAUGGCUAUUGUUUUUAACAACGAACAAUUCAAAAAAGUUGUAUAUGGCGAUGACAGAAACUCAAUGCAACAUACAGUUUCUACACCCCUGAUUGCUCAACAAUUCGUGAAUCACAACUCAACACUUUACAAAAUUUAUGUGAUUGGAGAGCGAGUAUUCUAUCAAAUCAAGCCAUCUCUCAAAAAUUUUGAUUUGAAUUCAUCACAAGAUACAGAAAAUAUAAUUACAUUUGACAGCCAAAAACCAUUCGACUCUCAUAUUAGCGACACAUCAAUUGUAGAGAGUUCCUUAAAGGAGGUUUCCUAUUAUGCAAGUGUGCAGUCUGAUCAUCAUGAUUUCAUUUUCAAGCAAGUAAGCGACCAAUUGAGAAAGGCACUUAAUGUUUCUCUUUUUGGAUUUGAUCUUGUUAAGGAUUGCCGAGAAGAGUCUUCUUCACACUACUACGUGGUAGACGUGAAUUAUUUUCCAAGUUAUAAGGGAAUAUCGAGAGAAGUACUUUUUGAUUAUAUUGUUGAAUAUUUGACACAGAGAGUAGAAGCGAAGGAAUAA